AUGCACACUUUGUCGGUCAUUGACCCUUCCUUAAAUGGAAUUGAAUGAAUGAAUCAGGGAUCAAAACCAGAUUUCCAACAUGCUUCAGAGGAAGCAGUCUCUUCAUUGGUACAGUUACACCCUCACCCCAGCUGUGGGGGGUUGUGUGCACAUGUAUGUAUUCAUAUUGCAUGUGUCCGUGGCCCAGGGGGAGGGUCUGUCAUGUAUGCCGUCUUGCAGGGCAGGGUGUGCCGUCUGGAUGGAGCCCUAAUGUGUGUGUGGGGGGGCUCCUGCAGAUAAACGGUGCUCUUAUCAUGAUCAAAGCUUCACGACGGCCUGAUCAGCCCCAGGAGACAUCAUCAAGCCGUCAGCGUGACGCCCACGUCACACACAGGCCGCUGCAUUCUUCUUAGUGUGUGUGUGUGUUGGUUUGUGACCAUCUCUUCUGGGGAUUGGCACUCAUGAACUCAUUUCUCCCAGAAUUCAUUGGGUUCGAUUCAAGCCCUUUAAAUCUGGUUUUUACUGUGGACUGUCAGGAAUAACGACAGGAAUGUGUCAAAUGUACAGACGCACACUUAGAAGCAGUUAGACGAUGGGGACCACCAUCACCAUAGUGGCUGCUUUCCACCCCUCAUUGCCUGGCAACAAGAAGGGUGUGGGGCGUUGCCAGCGGGGACAGCAGAGAGAAGACGGAGCGUUGGAGGACCUCUCCCCCUGGGGUUCAUUAGAACGACCUCGUACCUCUCACCUAAUGAGCUUUCAGGAAAACAGGAAAAGAGACUAACGAUGCCAGACGUGGUGAAAAUGACCUGGAAGCCGCUCAGACGUGCUGAUUGUGGCCGCUGAAGAGCAUCGCCGCGUGCAGAAAGACAGACAGAGGCGUGGUGGGGAGGGCUGGUAUCUCACCCCCCCACACUAGCUGUCCCUGGAUUCCCCUGAGACCACAAUGACAUCAUCGGCUGCUGCUCUUCCGGAGACGCACAAAGUCACGUCUUAACGUUUUACUAUGACGGCGUGUUACACGCCUGCAGGAAAAUCUACGUUCAGACUAGAAGCCAAGAGCUCCGACAUUAACUGAUAAAGACAAACCCUGCUUAAAGCCUCCUACUAGAGAAAAUACCACCAGGAUUGGAAUUGUGUAUUCAAAUAUACACUCAAAUGUCAAAAACGUACAAAUACCAAACAACAGUUUUAAAGGGUCUAUAUCCUGCUUCUCUUUACAGACUAAAGUAUAUCCAUAUAUAUGAAUGACCUAUGGCACACUAAAGAACAUUUUUUUAUGAAAUGUGAGUUAUUUUCAGCUCAUUUUUCUGCCCUGAAGUAGAACGACUCCAUCUCUGAGGCUACGCCUUUAUCUCCUUGUGGGAGGCACGCGGUUCCAGGGCAAGGGGUUUAUUUAACAAAAAGCGCUGCAGAGCAGGAUAACCAAACCAAACCAAACCAAACCAAAACAUGAACAUGGCAGAAGGGAGUCAGGUCAGGCAAGAGACGUUAGAUACAUUUAGGGAUGGCCCGUUUGACACGGGGCUUCGGCGCGCGGUUCACCUUCAUGAAACAGAGCUUUUCGGCACAAUGUUUCAAAGCGUGUGUCAACCAGCGCAGAUCACGUGAUUGAUGACGUAUGACGCGCCAAAUGCAUCACUCACCUGAACCAGGUUUCAGAUCUCAGGUGUGUUUGAUCAGAAGGGCGCGCUGUUGUCUAUAAAUACAGAUGAAUCCCAAACAACGUUUCCCGACCAGUUCUGUUGUUUCCCGUGUAUCGUAAGAAUCAACGUCAUGGCACCCGGUAAAAAACGUUCUGUGGCUUGGGAUCAUUUCAACUUGAUUUCUCCAAAUAAGGUGCAAUGUUUGAUUUGCAAACAUGAAUUUGCAUUUAAUGAUAGUACAUCCUCCAUGAUGCGACAUCUCCGCUCCGUUCAUCAUAUUGAAACUCCGCAGUCGGAAAAUCAAGCCUUCAAUCCACCUCAUAUUGUGUCAAGAAAGCAAGAACUUGAUUCUGCAUUGGUGGAUAUGAUUGUAAUGGAUGCACAACCAUUUUCAAUUGUUGAAGACAAAGGCUUCAAGGCUUUUGUCAACCUUUUGGACCCAUCCUACAUAAUUCCUAAUAGGAAGGCCUUGAGGACAAUGGUGGAGGAGAAGUACAAAGCCAAAAAGGAGAAGGCUUUAGAUGUGGUUAGCAGGGCCUCUGCUGUCAGCCUUACAGCAGACAUGUGGACAUCCAUUAACAUGGACGCUUACUUGGCUGUAACAUGCCAUUUUAUCACCGAGGAGGUGGAGCUGGCCUCUGUGGUCUUGGGGGUUCUGAAGUUUCCCCAAACCCACACUGCAGCUCACUUGGCUGAGGCCAAAAAUCUUCUCAUGGAAGAAUGGGGAAUUAAAGGGAAGGUGACAGGCCUGGUUACAGACUGUGCUCCCAACAUGGUUGCAUGUGCUAAUAUAUUACUGCUUCGGCACAUAAUGUGUUUUGCACAUAUGCUUAAUUUGGUGGUGAAAAAGUCCCUUGCCCAAACCCCUGAACUAGAGGAUAUCCGAAGUAAGGGGCGUAAGAUUGUCGGUCUUUUUAAAUCCAGCACCACAGCGAAGGAGAAGCUGUCAGAGAUGCAGCGACAGCUGGCCAGGCCAGAGCACAAAUUAAUACAAGAGGUGGAAACAAGAUGGAACAGCACAUUUAAUAUGUUGGAAAGGUUGUUUAAGGAGAGAGAGCCACUGGGGGCAGCUCUGGGCACCCUCCAUACGGACCUUCCUCCAUCACCUCAGAGGACUACCAGGCCAUACACCACUGCUUGAGCGUUGUUUCACCGUUUCAAGAGGCCACAGUUGAGCUUUCGACAGAAAAACGAGUGUCAGCAUCCAAAGUCAUUCCCAUGGUCAAAAUGCUGAAACAUUACAUCUCAAGCAGGUGUGGUCAGAUCACACACCCACUUGGUGAAAAACUGGCCACUAACUUGAAGAACAAUCUCCAUGAGAGGUUUUCAGCUCUGGAGAAGGUCACUGCUCUGUCAAUGGCAACCUUGAUGGACCCAAGGCUUAAAGAGCUGGGGUUCUGCAGCCAAGGCUCUGCCCACACGGCCAUAGAGCGACUCACUAAAGAGUGUGCUGCAACAAUGCAGGCGCUACUUCCAGAGGCACAGCCACAGUCGCCACCUAGAGAAGGUCCUUCAAGUCAGCAGGAAGAUGGUGGUCUCUGGGCCCUGCUGGACAGGCAUGUGGGGGUUCAACAGCAGGUGACCAGCACAACUGCCAGUGCAACAGUGGAGGUUCAGAGGUACUUAAAGGAACCUCACAUCCCAAGGACUCAGGACCCACUGAGAUACUGGGUUACCCACAAGGUUUUAUACCCAUAUCUCUACAAGCUGGCAAUGAAGUUUUUAUGCACACCAGCUUCAUCUGUGCCUUGUGAGAGGAUCUUCUCCAAGGCUGGCGAAAUCGUCAGCCAAAGAUGAAACAGGCUGAAGCCCAGCACAGUGGAGAAAAUUCUGUUUUUAAAUAAAAAUCUAUAACAUGAAUCCCACUCAGUCAUGUUAGACCCUGGUUCACAAUCACUCAUUCUCACUUUAUACAUGGCAUUCACAAUGUAACACAAGCACUUCUCACAAAUCUUCAAACAUUGUCUUUGUUUUAUUUCCACACUGAAGUGUUACAAGGGCAAGGAACUUAGUGGAGUAGAUGAUAUAUGUCCUGUCUGCCACCAGAUGCCGCUGUUCUGUGUGGUUUCGAAGCCCCAAAUGCUUCAUUCAUUUUUCUGGCACAUUUACACGAAGCCCCAUGAGAGCUUCAUGGGGCUUCGAUUCCCAUCCCUAG